CUCUCCUUUUUUCUUUCUUUCUUUUCUUCUCCACUCCUCUGUUUUCUUGCACACCACACCCAUACACGACACAAUAGCCACAUUCGUACCAAACACUAACGCACUCACACAUUUAUAAUGCCAGUAGUUCUUACAUCCCUUGACAACGAGACCUUCAAGGUCGACAAGGAGGUUGCUGAGCGUUCUAUUCUAAUUAAGAAUAUGAUUGAGGACCUUGGUGAAUCUGAAGCUCCUAUUCCUCUUCCCAACGUAUCCAGUGCUGUACUCAAGAAGGUCAUCGAAUACUGUGAGCAUCACCGUAAUGACCCCAUUCAGGUCCAGGAUGAGUCAGAUGACCCCCGCAAGCGCUCGAAUGAUAUUGAGGAGUGGGAUAUGAAGUUUAUGCAGGUGGACCAGGAGAUGUUGUUUGAAAUCAUCCUUGCUGCCAACUAUCUGGAUAUCAAGCCCUUACUCGAUGUUGGAUGCAAGACUGUUGCCAAUUUGAUCAAGGGCAAGACCCCCGAGGAGAUUCGUAAACUCUUCAACAUCGUCAACGAUUUCACUCCUGAGGAGGAAGCUCAAAUCAAGAAGGAGAACGAGUGGGCAGAGGAUCGCUAAAAAAAAAAAAAGGAAU